GAGAUGAGAGAGCUGUUCAGCGCCAGAAAGAGAGGCUCCACAUGGCGUCAGCUCUGGUUAUGGCUCGCGGAAGCUGAGAAAGAACUCGGCCUUUCAAUUUCCGAUGAAGCCAUUAAACAGAUGAAGGCGCACGUUUUGAUAACGGACGAUGACUUGGAAAUUGCUCGCAAAGAGGAGUCAAAGAGACGUCACGAUGUAAUGGGUCAUGUGCACGCUUUUGGUCAAGUCGCUCCGGCUGCCGCAGGAAUCAUCCAUUGGGGUGCCACCAGCUGCUAUGUGACCGACAAUGCGGACUUGAUUUUCCUGAGGGAUGGACUCGACCUUCUUCUCCCCAAGCUUGCAACUGUCAUCCACCGACUUUCUCGAUUCGCACUGCAGUACAAGGACAUGCCCACGCUUGGAUAUACACAUUACCAACCCGCUCAAUGCAUCACCGUCGGCCGUCGAGCCUCCCAAUGGGUUCAGGAUUUGAUGAUGGAUCUUGAGGACAUCGAGGCAGUCCGAGCUGCUCUUCGAUUCCGCGGCGCACAGGGCACAACAGGAACACAAGCCUCCUUUAUGGAAAUCUUCCACAACGACGGCGCCAAGAUUGACGAGCUAAAUGAGAUUUUGUGCAAGAAGGCCGGCUUCGACAGAUGUUAUUCAAUAUCUACCCAGACAUACACCCGCAAAGUCGACCUCCGAGUAGCCAACGCACUUGCUGCUUUCGGUGCAACAGUCCAGAAGAUCGGCUCAGACAUCAGACAUUUGGCCUCGCAGAAGGAGAUGGAAGAGCCAUUUGAGAAGGACCAAAUUGGCAGCUCAGCCAUGGCAUACAAGCGGAACCCCAUGCGCUCCGAGCGAAUCUGUGGACUGGGCCGCCAUCUCUCGAACCUGAACAAAGACUGCUCGGAUACAUUCGCAGCACAAUGGUUUGAGAGGACACUUGACGACAGUGCAAUCCGACGCAUUGAUAUCCCCCACCUCUUCCUCACCGCCGAUGCUAUUCUAAUCACGCUUGACAACGUCGCCUCUGGCCUCGUUGUGUACCCAGCUCGUGUGCACAGCCGCUUGAUGGAGGAAUUGCCUUUCAUGGCCACGGAGAAUAUGAUCAUGAAGAUGGUUUCCAAGGGUGCUUCCCGACAAGAAGCUCACGAGGAGAUCAGAGUCCUGAGCCACCAAGCUAGCGACGUCGUGAAGAAGGAAGGCGGCCGAAACGACUUGAUCGAGCGUGUCAAGAAGACGAAGUAUUUCGAGCCGAUCUGGGCUGAGAUUGACGACAUGCUGGAUCCGAAGAACUUCAUUGGACGAUCGCCUGAGCAGGUUGAGCGGUACUGUGGGGACGGGGGAGAGGUGCAGCAAGCUCUUGCAAAGUACAAGAAGUAUAUCGAUGUUGCGAAAGCGGCGGAGUUGACGGUUUAGAGGGGUGGGGGUAAUAGUUUGGAGAUACCCGACAGGAGUUGUGCAGCUUUCUCUUUCCAAUUUGAUUUCUCUGGAAAAUAGGGAGCUUGGGAUAUGGAGGCUUGGCCUAGGAAAAUGAUAGAAGGGUCGCAACCAGCAUUAAGUGUGUUCCUUGGACGAGCUGGCUAGCUCAGCAUCGUAGAUUCAUUUAGAUCGAUGAAUACCUCGUCCUCAAACCAAUCAUAUGAGAAGCCA